AUGAAACUUUACUACAUGACAUUUGACAGCUUCCGCUCUUGUUUCUCUUAUCAAUGGAGGCUCUACAGUGGUUCAGAAGCCUCUGAUGUUGUCUUCCAGUACGUCGAGAAAGAAAAUCUGGUGAAGCCAACAGACAAAUCAACUGUUGUCUUGGAUCCACCACUAUGUGAUGCUCUGUUCAAGGGUGCCAUCAAGAAAGGAUCGACAUAUCACAAUGUGAUUCACAAGAAAGAUCUUGGAUCGACGUUUUGGCAGGAUGCAGCCACACCAUUUGGUAAGAAAGGGCAUGAAGUUCUGAUCCAAGGAGGUAAAAUUGAUGAUGUGGCACGGCUUCUGGUUGAGCACUACGCCAUUCCAAUGAGAUACAUCGAGGUUAUGGAUAAAACCAGGAAAUGA